AUGGCUUCUCUUACCCUUAACAUGCUACAGGAACCAAGAAUUCAAAUCUUCCUCUUAGGAGCAACUUUAUUUCUCUUCAUUGCUGUUAUUUUCAUCACAAUAACUACUACUUUUACCUCCAAAAGCUCAGAGCAAGAAGAAACACCAAGCGCGUUGAAAUCUUUCCUCAAAUUUUUCUACGCCUCGUUUCUCAAACCACAUAAUGGAGAUGGAACUGAGAAUGGCCAGCAAGAUGCUUUGGAAAGUUUUUACAAAGCACAAGCGAGUGUCUAUGAUGCGACAAGGAAAAGAUUAUUGAGGGGAAGAGAAGAUAUGUUAGCGCUGGUGGCGGCACAAUUGGUUAAUAAGAAGAAUAGGGAACAUAGGCAUGAGACGAGACGGAUUUGGGUGGAUAUUGGCGGUGGAACCGGAUGGAACAUCGAAGCCAUGUCUAAAUAUGUUUCAGUCCCAGAGUUCUUCUCCAGUAUAUAUCUUGUCGAUUUCUCACCCAGUCUCUGUGAAGUCGCACGAAAACGAUUCCAGCGUCUUGGCUGGAAAAAUGUCAAAGUCGUAUGUCAGGACGCUCGUACCUUUCGUCUCGAAGAUCAUGAAGAUCUAGAUAUUGGAAGUGUUGGCUUCUCGCAGUCGCCUACCUCCAAUUAUUUCUCAGAUGCAAAUGGUGUUAGUGGUGCGGAUCUUAUUACUUUGUCCUACAGUCUAUCUAUGAUUCCUGACUUUUAUUCGGUCAUCGAUUCUUUAGCGAAGUUACUUGCUCCCACGGGAACAAUAGGUGUUGUAGAUUUCUACGUCCAAUCAAUUGUGGAUCUCAGCUGUAGAAACUACACAGGCGGCAUGAUAAACCGCCAUGUGAAUUGGCUAGGAAGACUAUUCUGGCGCGCUUGGUUCGAUGUCGAUCGUGUGAAUCUAGAGGCUGGUCGGAGAGAUUACCUCGAAUAUCGAUUCGGCACUGUCCUCAGCGCAGACUCGAGAAAUUACCUUUUAGGUUCUAUCCCUUACUACAUGUGGCUCGGUUGUCAAAAGAAACCCGCAUCUUCACUCGCGGCUCCAAAUUAUCCCCAUGAAAUAGUCGAACGACUUGAUGCUGCUGCAACGGAAUCUCCCCAAGUUUUCACAGACAAUUCUCGCGGUUUAUACGAUACGGGUGGUUCUCGCCACGCUAUUCGCAUCAUUCGUCUCUUAUCCCAAACCCUCGGUUUUAGUCGUGAAAUCAAAGCUCUACUGCACUCCAAAACACUCAACGAACAGCGCGAAAUUUGGAAAUCGAAGAUUCGUCCUGUAAUUAUGAGUAGACUAUUCGCCUACCUCGUUGUAUCUCAAGAGAAAUUCCUCUGGAAUGCACUCGGGGUACCGAAAAACCAACUCCACAUGUUAGAAGCGGAUUAUAUUGCGUCUGAAAGCGCAGCGCGAAAUGCGUCGCCGUUGGAAUAUUCAGAAACAGAUUUAAAGAGGAGUAAAGGGCGUGCAGUGUGGGAGUAUAUGGUUCAGACGCUAGAUCCAGUAAUUGAGAGUUCGGUGAUUGGGGAGGAGAAUCCGUAUUAUCUUGUUUGUCUCCAGGGGUUUUACACGCGGAAAUGUCAUCCAGAUUAUUUGAGGGCGGGGGCUCAUCGCAGCUUGUCGCGUCCUGGGGCGUUUGAUGGGUUGAGGAUUCAUACGGAUGAGAUUGAGGAGGUGUUGCGGAGGAUGGCCCCGGGUACGCUUACUAUCGCUGUUGUGAUGGAUAGUAUGGAUUGGUUUGAUCCAGGGGCCGAGGCUGCAGAAAUGCAGAUUAGGAAGUUGAGUAAGGCAUUGAAGAUGGGUGGGAGAGUAUUGUUAAGAAGUGCAGCGUUGACACCGUGGUAUAUUGCCACAUUUGAGAGAUUGGGAUUCAGGGGUAAGAGAGUGGGUGCGAGAAUUGGAGGGGCUUGUAUUGAUCGUGUUAAUAUGUAUGCUUCCUGCUACUUACUAACUAAAGUCGAAGAUCUGGAACUGUUGAGUCCGGCAUCUAGUCCUGCGGGUAUUUCAGGCAGACAAGGAUCCAUGGAUUUGGAGAAGUUGGAAAUUUGA